AUGCUUCCUCACAAAAUUAUUCCAGUGACCAUUGUACAAUUUCAACAGAUAUGCAAAGACAAAUCUGAAGCCGAGAUCUGGUUCUUGGCCCUGCAGACAUUGGUUUCGCGGGGUAACUACAGAAAAUGGGGAACUGAAAUUAAGACGGAUGCCUCAUUGUCAGGCUAUUCAAGUGAUCAAACAGAAAAUUCUCUCUCCAUCGUGUCCAAUAGCAGCGAAGAUGCACUUCAAGAGGAGAAACAGAACCUUCAAAUAAGUGAUCUAGCAUCUGAUAGAUUGCCUCAGAAAAGACUGGAGAAAGUACUUUCUGAUAUAACCCUGCAGAAAACAUCAUCCCCGCAGUCCCCACAAAGAGAUUAUGGUCUCUUUUUUGGAAUGGUAAAUGAAAAUGUCUCCAGGAGAAACUCUGCAGAUACUUUCCGACUCAGUUCUUCCAGUGCCUUAAGCACAUUGAGUCAAGAAUCUUCUCCAGGAGAUAUUCCUUUAAGCAUCAUUUUCAUAUGUGGGGAAGGAAUUGAGGAUGGUCCGCUGGAUGGAGGCAUGUCCGAAACUGUUUCGUUAAAGAAUGCAUUUUCUCCAAAGGUUCUGGAAUCUGCUUCAACACUCGAUGCUCAACACAUUGCUCUCGGCAGUAGACAUGCGGUACUAAUCACAAGACAAGGACAUGUUUUUAGUUGGGGAGACGGCUUGGGUGGCAAGCUGGGACAUGGAUCACAAGCUGAUGUGCCUAGCCCUCAGCUCAUUAAUUCUCUUUCCGGGUCAAAAAUCGUUUCAGUCGGAUGUGGAGAAUAUCACACCUGUGCUGUAACACUAUCUGGAGACUUGUACACAUGGGGAGAUGGCGUCCACAACUCUGGCCUCCUCGGCCAUGACACCGAACUCAGCUACUGGGCUCCACGGAAAGUUAGGGGCACGUUGGAAGGCAUCUGUGUAACUUCUGUAUCUUGUGGGCCCUGGCAUUCAGCCGCUAUCACGUCACUAGGUCAGCUGUUCACGUUCGGCGAUGGGACUUUUGGCGCCCUAGGUCACGGGGAUAACUUGUGCACGGGUUUCCCGAGGGAAAUUUUGGCUCUAAAAGGACAAAAGGCUGUAAAAAUAUCUUGCGGGUUUUGGCAUACUGCUGCAAUAAUAGAGGUUUGUUCUGAAUCUCCAAAUGUCACCAACUCUCCAACUGGGAAGCUGUUCACUUGGGGAAAUGGAGACGACGGUCAGCUGGGGCAAGGUGAUAAGCUAUGCCGACUAAUUCCAAACAGUGUUACUAUGCCGAAUGACAAAAACUUCUGUCAAGUAGCCUGUGGGCAAUGUGUUACAGUUGCCCUCACCGAAUGUGGUCAAGUAUAUUCAAUGGGAAGCACUAUUUCUGGAGACACGCAUAUGUUGCCCACACGUGUCGAGGGUAAACUAAAGAACUGCUUUGUCAAAGAAAUAUCGUGCGGCUCCCAUCAUGUGGUUGCCCUGACCUCAUCAUCUGAGGUAUUCACCUGGGGAAAGGGAAAAAACGGUCAGUUAGGCCAUGGGGACAAUACCGACCGAAAUUCUCCUACUACAGUUAAAUCCUUUGAAGGGAGAAUAGUAAAGAGGGUCGUAUGUGGAAAGAAUUUUACGGCCGUAAUUUGUCUUCAGCAAUUGGUAUGCCCGUCCGACUACUCGAUUUGUGCCAGAUGUCGUAAUCCAUUUAGCUUCAAGCGCAAGCGGCACAACUGCUACAACUGUGGGUUGUUUUUCUGCAAAGCGUGUGCCAGUAACAAAUCUCUAGGAGCUUCCUUAGCUUUAAACCAGAACAAAUUGUACCGCGUGUGUGAAGACUGUUUUGCUAAGCUAAAAAAUGGUUCGGGCAACCGAGCAACCUCCCGGCCUCCAAAGUCGAGCAGUAGCCCGUGCGUGCAUGCCAGCCCUAGCAAUGAGCCAAAGAAAGACUCCUCCAAACCUAGGAAACCAGGACUAUCGUCGUUCAACUCGUUCAGGAGGUCCACCAAGCUUACUGAGGCAAAUCAGAAGAUGGAUUCAGGCAGUAGAAAUCUGAGAUGCACCAAGUCCUUCCUGUCGAGCCGCUCAACGUCCAUGUUUGAAAUCUGUGAGGGGUUGCAUGAUUCACUUCAGGAUUCGAAGCUGCAGUCGGGAUCUUCUCCUUUUUCCACAAAGUCAAGCCCAGCUGCCCUUUCACUUCCCUCUUUGCUUUGCAACAUUCCUGACCAUGAAGAAGUUGUUGAUGAUCCAAACCAAGCAACUGAAGAUCUUACAGAAGAAAUCUCUUUUUUGAGGGAACAGGUACAAGUUCUCACCCAGAAGUCCGAGUCCCUUGCAGAAGAACUCGAGAGAACAUCAAAUCAACUAAGUGAGGCCACUGCACUGUUCAAGGUCGAGUCUGGGAAAAAUAAUGCUGCAAAGGCCUCAAUAAAGUAUCUCACGGGUCAGUUGAAAGAAAUGGCUGCAAGGGCAUCUCAGGGGCCUCCUUGUCGGGCAAUAGGUCCGCUUGGUGAUAAGACAUGGCAUGUUAUAAACACUGCUUCCACAUGA